CGAGUUGCCAGACUGCAGGGGAGUCCCUCACCACAUCACAACUCGUACAAUAGCAACUGGACCGGUAGAUAGUUUCUGUUGAAGGAAAAUUUAGUACGCAGAGUAAAUAGUAGUUAAAUUUCUGAUGAGAGAUUUUUGAAAUGUUGUAUUACUGAUAAUUCAAAUAUUUUCUGAGAAAUAUUAUAAUUGCAUAUGACUUUGUAAUCGCUAAAAUCAAACAUGGUUCAUGAAAAUUUAAUUCUGUAUAUUACCCCUGAGAAAUUUCUCAUAGAACCUGUGGGCAAUUUUGAUGAAUUAUUGAUAAUUGAUCGAACAUCUAGAGAAAUCAGUCUACAACAUAAUCAAGGUCAGAUUCCUCCAAGUGCUACCAGCCAGUCAAUAUGUGGUAUAAUGGGAACUCUGGAUCUUAUAGGAGGUCCUUACUUGAUUGUUAUAACUAAAAAAUCCAGUGUCGGAUCGAUAAAUGGACAAUCAAUUUGGAGAAUUGAAGAAACAGAUGUUAUACCAUAUGCCCGGACAAUGUUGCAUUUAAAUGAAGAUCAAGUACAGUAUAAUAAGCAGUAUUUGUCGAUGGUAGAUGCUGUGCUAACCACUCCAUAUUUUUACUUUUCUUACACUUAUGAUCUUAGUCACACUUUACAGCGACUUCACAAUACGAGUCCUGACUUUGUGCAAAUGCCAAUAUUUCAGCGUGCUGACCAAAGAUUCAUAUGGAAUUCUCACAUUAUGAGGGAUUUUCUGGCUCAGCAAGAGCUUCAAAAUUAUUGGCUUCCUGUUAUACAUGGAUUCAUUGCUAUUAAGCAGUGUACCAUAAAUCAAAAGUCAUUUGCUUGGAUUCUUAUAUCUCGAAGGAGUGUUUUGCGUGCUGGCACACGCUUUUUUAUGCGUGGUUUAGAUGCUGAUGGUCAAGCUGCAAACUUUGUUGAAACAGAACAAAUAGUGGAAUGCGAUGGCUCCAAGAGCUCAUUUGUCCAAACUCGGGGAUCUAUUCCUCUGUUUUGGAACCAGUUUCCAAAUUUGAAAUAUAAACCAAAACCUACUUUGGAAAAUCUUAAUCAUUUGGAGGGUUUCCAGAAGCACUUUGAUAAUCAGAUUUACACAUAUGGACCACAAAUUAUUGUGAAUCUUAUCGAUCAUAAAGGUGCUGAAGACACAUUAGAAAAAGCAUUAGCUCAUAUAGUUGGUGCUUCUGGAAAUUCAAAUAUCAAGUAUGAAUCAUUUGAUUUUCAUCAUGAAUGCCGCCAUAUGAGAUGGGACAAAUUGUCUAUUUUAAUUAAUCGUGUACAUCAAGAUUUGAUUGAUAUGGGCUAUUUUAUGAUGUUACGAGAUGGAUCUGUACCUUGUGUGCAAGAAGGCGUCUUUCGAACCAAUUGCAUUGAUUGUCUGGAUCGUACAAAUGUGGUUCAAAGUUUACUGGCUAGAGAAUCUUUGCAGCUACAGUUGACGCGACUUGGAAUUUUGAAUAAAGGCCAAAAUGUUGAAAACCAACCUGUCUUUGAAUAUGUUUAUAAGAAUACUUGGGCCGAUCAUGCAGAUAUUCUUAGCAUUGAAUAUGCUGGAACUGGUGCUUUGAAGACCGAUUUUACCAGGACUGGCAAAAGGAGCAAACAAGGUUUAUUGAAGGAUGGUGUGAAUUCCAUGAUUCGAUAUUUCAAGAAUAACUUUUCUGAUGGCUUCCGUCAAGAUUCCAUUGACUUGUUUCUUGGAAUUUACCAAGUAGAUGAGGAUGAAGGAGUUACAAAGCCAUGCCCAUUGAAGGAAGAUAAAGCGUUGAAAUUCUCAGCACUUCCUAUUAUUAUGCUGUUGGCUAUUUCGAUGUGCUUCUUGUCUUUCUUAAUACCCACUGUUUUAAACUUGGAAACACUCUUGUUUAUCACGUUUUGGUUUGGAAUGGUUGUUGUCAGUUUCAUUAUAAUUAUGUACAACGGCCCAGAGUUUGUUGAUUAUCCCAGACUCCAAGAUGUGCGACAAACUAGGUUGAAACAUGAAUGAACCGAUGCUAAUAUAUAUAUUGUGUAAUAGAUGUUGUGUAUGUGUAUAUUUUAUGGACAUUCCAUAUCACCCUUAAAUGGAUUUGUUUGACCAACCUAUUUAAAUGAUUUUAAUUGUGAAAUGAAUUUCUUUAAUUGUCUAUUCUUUACUAAUCAAAUCUGAAAGUAUUAUCUAUGUUCAUAUUUAUUUCAGCUAAAAACUAAGUUUUUUUAUUGCUAUUUUAACUGUAAAUGAGAAGAAAAUAUUUAAUAAGUGCUUAGUUUAAUAGCCAAAAUCGCUUAUUGAAAUAACUUUUAACUGUUUCUUUUUUAUGGCAGGAUAGUUUUUUGUUGAUUUUUCUAUGACAAUAUAUUUUUGUGAUCAAUUAUUAAUGAAUUUCAAUUAUUGUCUGGGUCCUAACCUAUUGUUUUUUAAUGGUAUCACAUGCUUUAAAAAUGAAUGGUAUCCUCACUUGAUCAUCUUGAUGUUAAUGUCUUUAAGAUCUAAUCUAUUCAUUAUUAAAUCUUUGUUAUUUGUA